CAGUGGUCUGUUACAUGACCUAACAGAGAGGUUUUCGCUUGACAACGCUUCAGUUUGAUCGUGUUGAGUAAGAUGAGCGGUGGUCCGAAAUGUCGACAGGAGGAGCAGCACAAGUCUUUGUCCGUUUGACACGAGUGGCUUCGAGUCGGGGAACAUUUACUCGCAGCGGUGCAGCGACCGUGAGGCUGAACAGUGUGCGAUCCCUAGUUCUGAGCUCUCAGCUGUUGGCCAAGUCCAGGUGGGCUGCAGAUAAUGAGGAGGUGAAGAGUGAGCCCAUCAAGUUCUCCACCAGCAAAGCCAGCCACAGGACCUGGAAAGUUGACCGGUCAAUGGGGAGCCAGUACAAGCGGCCCUGGUGGAAAGUCGUUCCCAUCAGCCUGCUUGCCACUGCCUUCCUAUUAUGGUGCAUUUUCAGAGAUGAGACAGACAUUGAUGCAGCUCUGGAGAAACAGCUGUACGAGAAUGCGCCUGGCUUGCUUUUAAAUGAAGAGGAGGAUAAAGCUCAAAAAUAAAGCUGCCUAAUGGAAUGUGGACAUACAUCAUAUCAGGUUAUAUUUAUUGGGAAAUGUGUCACUGUACUCUGUGGACCUGGGGUUUAGUGUGGAAAUGAAGCCGUCCAUUGCUACAGUCAUUUUUUUCUCUGCAACAAGUUAGCUUUACUCAGCUUUGAUGUAAACUAGUUUAUACAUCUUCACAUGCAGUUCUGUUUUACUCUUACAGCUGAUGUAGGCUUAACUUAUGCAUCACUUUUAUCUCAAGUACAAAUGUUGGUCAUUGUUGAUCUGUGAUGCACUAAACAGAAGCCUGGGGUCAUUCUAUAAAGCUGCAAGGUGGUGGGUUCAGGAUACAGCUGCCUCAGAAGUUUAAGUACUUUUUAAGCAGCUCUGUCCACCCAAAGCACAUGGCUUACACAAUAAACUUGAAUCU